AUGGUUGAAAAACUGGAAGCAGAUGUUGUAAUUUAUGGCACAGGACUUGUAUCAAUCCUAACUGCUGUAGGAUUAUCAUUUCAGGGAGUGAAAGUUAUAUUGCUGGAUCCAAAUCCUGACUACGGUUCGAACUAUCGUACACUUAACCUCAAGAACUAUAUAACUCAGAUAUUAAAUGGCAUAGAAAUAACUCAUGAUACCCCUGACAAUCAUCCUUCAGACACGAAUAAUGAUAAAAGGACUCCAACAUUUGCAUCUAAAGAUGCGAAUGCCAAUUUUGUAUUCAAUCCAUUUGAACACUACAACAACGAACUAGAGCUGUGCCAAAUUGAAGAUAAUAUUAAUGGUUCUCUCCAAUAUAGUGACAAUAAAACCCUUUCAGAGUUUAAAUACUACCACAUAGAUUUAUGGCCCAAAAUGUUAUAUGGCAAUAGCCCCGCAGUCACAUCACUCUUAGCCGCUGGCUGUGACAAUUACGUACAAUUUACCGCAGUGGAGGGGAGUUACAUUUACAGAAACGGCCAUUUUGCCCAGCUCCCUGGAUCUAAGAGUGCAAUUUUUAGAUCAGGGGAUUUUACACUGUUGCAGAAGCGAAACCUGUGCCGUUUCCUACGGACUACAGAAAGUUUUAGCAAUUUUAAAGCGACCAAAGAUCUUGAAACAAGUGAAACAAAUCCAAUUUCUGUGAACGAUAUCAUCCAAUAUGGGCUGUGCCGGGUUCAUUACAAAGAUAAGCCGCAUAAUCUGUUGGAUAGGGCCAAAAUGUACAUCAGUUCCAUAGGCAUAUAUGGACGCCACCAUUCACCCUUCAUUUAUCCAUUGUACGGCACAUGUGACAUAGUUCAAGCUCUUGCCAGGGCUGCUUCACUUGCAGGUACUGUCUGCAUGUUGAGGUCUGUAAUAUCAAAGGCACAGUUUAACACGGUUAUAACAUCUGAUGACGGAUAUGAAAAUGAAACUUGCAACAGAUUCGAUUUGUGUCUGACAAUUGACACUCAUGGAAUGACCGAAAAUGAAUUGGAUUUGACAGUGAGUGAGAUUAAUUGCAAUUUUCUAAUUACCGAAUCGCAUUUACAACAUAUACCAUACACCUGUGACAAUGAUACUGUGCUUACUGGAAUAAUUUCUGGUUACGCAGACCAAUCUGACAAUAAACAUCAAUUUGUCAUACCAGCCUUGAAUGCUCACAUCGCUAUAUUUAUUUCCAACGAAAAGUUACUAGAAGAAGGCGUAUCUACAUCAGUGAUAUUGAACAAUGACCAAUCUUAUUUAUUGCAAUUGGAUGCCUCCUCUGGAACUGUGCCACAGGGUUACUACAUUUACUACAUGAUGGGCAUCAUCACACAAUGUAAUGGUGGCGUAAUCGAGUGCCCGCACAUGAUUAAUAUUAGGGAACUAUUUGAAAAGAAUAAAAAGCAUCUCUCGUCCAUAUUAUUUGCCUCACACCACAACUCAAUCAGCAAAUCUGCAGAUGAAUGUCAAAAUUACAUGUCAAAUAAUAUUGUUGAUGAGUGCUACAAUUGUGGGAUGAUGAUGACCUUUGUGGACGAGAUACCCAUGGCAAUUGACACUAUCAGGAAGGUUAAAAAUGCCCUUUCAGCCCGUAAAUUUACAACACAACACUUUAAGAUGUAUGGAUCGGAUAAUGUAAUUGCAGUUGGCGACAAAACAAUGUGCAAGGAUUACAUUGGUUCUGAGAACGAGUACACAAAUGAAUUCAUCUUCCACGACACAUUUGGCAAUAAGAAGAAGAAAUCAUUGGUGUUAGAUAGGCUCACAGCUCUGGUGGAGGAAUUUGAGGAAUAUACUAUCGAUAACAAUGUGGAUAAGUCCAUUCAAUAUGACGAUGGAGACCAUUCAAAAAUUAUACAAUUUGUGUAG